UAUUAAAACCAAAACUGAAACUAAAACUGUUUUGCAGAUAUAUAAAAAAAUAAAAUUCUGCGAAUAAAAUAAGUAUUGAAAACUUGAAUAUCAAUUUCGGUUAAAAAUUAUUUGAUAUAUUUUUUUUUUAUAUUUAAAAGGACAACUUUUCUCGUGCAACCAACAAUACGUUUAAAAAAUAAAUAAAUAAAUUCAAUUGAUAAAAAUGUAAAUAACGUUUUGUAUAUUAUAACCAAGCCCUCAGAAUUCGCGCGUAAGGUUAGCAACGCGAAGUCUCGUAAGUUAUUUUUAGUAUUUUUUAUUUAAAUCAAAAAAGUUUAAAAAAAUUACAUUAGUCAUCACACAUCACAACGAGAUUAGUUGAUAAAAUUAAUUAGGGACUCAAUUUAAAAAAAAAAAAAUAUAUUGCAAAAAUUGUAUUUCAAAAAAAUACAAGAAAAUAGUGAAAAACUUUUAAAACAUUAUUGGUACAAUUUUCAUUUGCGACGAUAGUGUAAAAUGUCUUCGCCACAAAUAAGUUCGGCCGCGGCGGCGGCAGCGGCGAAAAGUGUUAAUCGGCAACAAGUGAAAGACAGUGCAAAUACAACAACAACAAAGCCAAAAACAACAAGUGCAACUACAAAAAAUGAAAAUAAGCAACAACAAAAAGAAAAGCCAACCAAAUAUUCUCAAACAAAAGAGCGAAUAGUUGAUGAAGUACCAUAUCCUCCAAGUCAUAAGCUUACAAGUAGUGAGAUUUUCGAUAAUAAAAAUGGAGAGCCAAACUUUGAACUACUGAAAAAACACUUCAUUAUUGAAGGACGAAUCGAAGAAGAACCAGCCUUACGUAUAAUUCAAGAAGGUGCUGCUUUACUACGAGCCGAAAAAAAUAUGAUUAAUAUCGAAGCUCCUGUUACAGUUUGUGGUGAUAUACACGGACAGUUCUACGAUCUACUUAAGUUAUUUGAAGUCGGUGGCCCCCCUGCAACUACAAGAUAUCUCUUUCUCGGUGACUACGUUGACAGAGGAUAUUUUAGUAUUGAAUGCGUACUGUAUUUGUGGUCUCUUAAAAUAUGUUAUCCAAAUACUUUAUUUUUACUCCGCGGUAACCAUGAAUGUCGCCAUUUGACUGAGUACUUCACCUUUAAGCAAGAAUGCAAAGUCAAGUACUCGGAGAAGAUAUAUGAUGCUUGUAUGGAAGCAUUUGAUUGUUUGCCAUUGGCCGCUUUAUUAAAUCAACAGUUUCUUUGUGUGCAUGGAGGACUAUCACCUGAAGUCUAUACCUUGGAUGAUAUACGAAAACUGGACAGGUUCAGAGAACCACCGGCCUAUGGACCUAUGUGUGACAUUCUUUGGUCUGACCCUCUGGAAGAUUUUGGAAACGAAAAAAACUCUGAAUUUUACUCUCACAAUUCGGUUCGUGGGUGUUCUUACUUUUUUAGCUAUGGAGCUUGCUGUGACUUUUUACAAAAAAACAAUCUUCUAUCUAUAGUGAGGGCACAUGAAGCACAGGAUGCAGGAUAUAGAAUGUAUAGAAAAAACCAAGUAACAGGAUUUCCUUCGCUCAUAACAAUAUUUUCAGCACCAAAUUAUUUAGACGUCUAUAAUAAUAAGGCUGCUGUGCUUAAAUAUGAGAACAAUGUGAUGAACAUAAGACAGUUUAAUUGUUCUGCCCAUCCUUAUUGGCUUCCCAAUUUCAUGGAUGUAUUUACAUGGUCGAUACCCUUUGUAGGUGAAAAGGUAACCGAAAUGCUAGUGAAUAUCUUAAGCAUUUGUUCAGAUGAUGAAUUAGUGUCUGAAGUAGAUGAUAAACUGGAAGCAGAGCUCAGGAAAAAUAUAACACUAGUCCCAGUUAAACCCGCUGGAAAUGUUUCGCAAUUAAGAAAAGAAGUUAUUCGAAACAAAAUUCGUGCCAUUGGAAAGAUGUCUCGAGUGUUUUCAAUAUUAAGGGAGGAAUCAGAAUCUGUUCUCGAAUUAAAGGGCCUCACACCAACAGGGGCUCUACCAGCCGGAACAUUGUCAGGAGGAAAGGCAUCAUUAAGAAAUGCCUUGGAAGGAUUUGCACUCAAUAAUAAGAUUACUUCUUUUGCGGAAGCAAAAGGAUUGGAUGCCAUAAACGAGCGUAUGCCCCCAAGACGUGAUACCAUAGCUAGUACAGCAACUAUUGACAGCCAAAAUAGUUUACAAAGUAAAAAUAACAACUAUAUUUCAGGAAAGAACUCAAGCAAACCGAUUUCUUCCUCAUCACCAGUAAGCAGCAACGAAAGGAAUACUUCUUAAAUAUUUUUAAAUAUAAGAAAUUAAUAGUGUUUUUCAUUUGUCUAUUGUCUAAGCUCUUGUUACAAUAUUGCCCACAAAAAUCUGUUGAACUUAAAAAGAAACUAUUUUUUUAUCUA